AUGGGGUUUUUUAGGAUAUAGUUAUUAGCAGAAUAUAAAAAACUGUAUCUUCACUUUUAACUAAGAAUUGUCUCUUAAAUAAAAUUUACUAAAAACAUGAUUAAUGGAGGGUUCUUAUGAUAGAGUUAUUGCGAAAUAUAAAAAACCUUCUCUUAAAUAUUUUAUUUAAGAAUCGAUUCUUAGUGUCUUAGUUAAAAGUUAAAAAACAGUUUUUUAUAUUCCGAUAAGAACCCACCCUAAAAACCAUAUAUUAAUCAUGCUCUAAUACUUUCUAAUCAAUAGUUUUUGUCCCUUUCCCUUAUCUGGUAAUAUGUGAGCACCACUUGGCAUUUACCCUAUAUAUGAUCUUUUUAUCCACUCAGAAUUUAUAGCAUACAGAAGAGACUUGAGAGGAAGAAAAUGGCUAAAACAAGCACACUCAACUCUAUGAAUACCUCCCACGAAAAGGCGGUACAAGCUAUCCUUUAUGGCCAAAGCUGUGCCAAGCGGCUGAAGCUGCAGCUUGACCAUCCAAUGGCUGACGGAAGAUCGGUUUCAAACUAUGAUCUUGCUAAAUCGAUUGUCCAUUGUUUUUCCAGUGCCAUCUCAAUCUUUUCUGAUAAACCAAAAUCGGAGGAUAAUUUUUUUUCUGAUUUAUCUUCAAGGGAUUCUUCUUCUUCUUCUUCUCCUCCUCUUCCCCAGAGAAGCCACUCCAAGAAAAGAAAGAAUAAUAACACGAAUUCAAGUGAGAAUUGGAGGCACGAUUCACCGGAUCCGAACUACUACGAUGGGUUUCUUUGGAGGAAAUAUGGCCAAAAGACUAUUAAACAAUCUAAACACCAAAGGAGCUACUAUAGAUGUUCUUACAACAUAGACCAUGCCUGUGGAGCAAGAAAGCAUGAACAGAAGAUUAAAGACAAUCCUCCCGUUUACCGAACAACGUACUUUGGCCACCACACUUGCAAUAUCAACCAUAACCAAGAUGCUGGUUUAACUACCGUUGGGGAUUCAGUUAAUGAUUUGGAAAAUUCCCGGAUGAUCUGGUUCGGAGAAGAUCUUGAUCAGGAGAAGGAAAGUCACACGAGCGGUUUAUCUGUAUCGGUUAAGCAUGAAGAAGGUAGCAUCAAAGAGGAAACUGUGGAUCAGUACCGUCACCGUGGGAUAACCAGUCAUGAUAAAGAUUGUCAAAAUGUGAUUAAAGAGAAUCAUCAACCAUCGCCAUCAGGUUCUUAUACUCCUCCGUCGUCAUCUGGCAGUGAAAUUGACAUGUUUGAUUCAGAUCUGCUUGUGGAAGACUUAGAUUUAUGGGAUCGUUAUGAUAUGUAUGACUUUGGACUGCGUUAGCUUUUUUCAGCUAAGAAUGUUAAAGAAUUUCCUUUUUACGAGUGAUAAUAUUUGAGGAUUGCGAGUA